AUGAAUGGUUCAAUUGAUUUAACAUUAGAAGAUGAGCCAACUCAAGUUUAUGAAGAAUAUGAAGGAUAUCCAACAACCGAUUCUGAAACCUUACCAUCCAUUUUGCCAUUACCAAAUAAUUCGUCGACCACUACCAGCCAAAAAAAUCAUUAUAAGAGAGGUAGGCCUUGUGAGAGUUUCAUUUGGCAACACUUUAGUGAUCAUGAUUUGAAUAAUGUUUCUAUUUUAAAACAAAUAUUGCAACCUGAUAAUGAUGUGGUUG